AUGCUGACGCUCUUCCAGUGUUUCACCUUGGACUCCGUGGAAGCGGUGUACCGGCCAUUGAUCACCCACAACCCCGUGCUGCUGUCCUACUUCAUGACGGUCAUCCUGAUCAUGGCGCGCCACGCCCGAAUGCGGAUCUCGCUGAUGAACCUGGUCACCGCUGUCAUGGUGAACUCUGCACUGGACCAGGCCAGCGAAGACAAAGACGUGAAGCGUGCCUACGAAGCCGUGCAGAAGCGGAAGCAGCUCGAGCGCCUGAAGAUCAUGUUCCUGGAGCUGGACAGCGACGGCUCAGGGGAGCUGACGCUGGAGGAGCUGCGCUCGGCGCCGGAGGAGGUCCGGGAGCAGCUCCAAGAGGUGGCGGCCACCGAGGAACGGGCGAAGGACAUCGAGGGCCUCUUCCAGAUGUUGGACUAUGACGGGGGCGGAUCCUUGGACACCGAGGAGUUCUGCGAAGGGGUGCUCCGAGCCUCCACCAGCGACAAGCCCCUGGAGCUGUCGCGCCUGGUGAAGCAGUGCUCGGACAUCCUGAAGCUCUGCCGGGCGCCCCAGCCGGCUGAAGCUUCAGGAAUAGGUUCCAAAGAAGCCCUUGGAAUUUCGUUUUGGAGGGGGGGGGGCUGA